AUGCGGCGUUUGGCCGCCGAGAAAGUGAGGGAAAAUUAUGUGAAGGUGUUGCGCCGGAGAACGGAAGAAGAGAAAGUGGUGGUGCAAAUUAUGAUUGAUGCCAUGAAUAUUGGUGCAAUUGGAGAUAUGUAUUACAAGCACAAUGUUUAUGGAAUUCGUGAAAUUAAAAUUGAAUAG